CAAGGAAAGGAUCGUUCCUUUUUCCUUCCUUAUUCGUUUUCUUCUUUUCCUUCUGUUUAGGUUUCCGUCUUAAUGGUGAUUUGAUUUGACUGUGUCGUUGCUCUUGGCCUAUGGUCACAUGAGCGGUACCAAAAUGUAGCGGAAGUUUAUAUUUUGGCAUGCAUUUAAAGCUCCAUGAACAAGCAAGCGCUAAGACGCCGCCGCCAUCGGCGGCUGAGUAUAGUCGAGCAGGAAGAUUUCCUUAAAUCCCUACGAAGCAGGGCCUCUGGUAAGAAUAAGAGCAGGCGCCCUGCAAAUUUUGUGUCAAAUGACGGAAAUGCUGUGCUAACAGGGCGUGAAUUUUGCCCGCCACACGGGUGUGUCUCCGUCUGCGGCAGGCGACGGGAAAUGGAAGAUGCAACGGCGAUUGUGCCGUCAUUUUCGGAGGGGCGUCAUUUCUUUGCCGUUUAUGACGGCCAUGGCGGCUCAAGAGUGGCGUUUCUGUGCAGGGAACGCCUGCACAAGGUCCUUGCGGAGGAGCUUCAGGGCUCCGACGCCCCGGGUUUCGACCACGCGACCUGGCGGAGCAUCUUUUCGUCUGGAUUCCUUCGCAUGGAUGACGAGGCAUGCUUUCAGACUAGCGGGGAUGGUGAUGAACGCUCGUCUGUUGUUGCGCCGCCAUGCACGGAUGGCUCUACGGCCGUCGUUGCGGUUGUCGGCACCGAUGAAAUAGCCAUCGCUAACUGCGGCGACUCGCGUGCCGUACUUGCCCGCGGCGGCCAUGCAAUUCCUCUGACGCUCGAUCAUAAGCCGGACCGAGCAGAUGAAGCGGCGCGUAUCGAGGGCGGUGGCGGCCGCGUAAUAUUCUGGAACGGAUACCGUGUGCUGGGCGUGCUCGCCACCUCUCGCUCCAUAGGGGACGGAUACUUGAAGCCAUAUGUAAUUGCAGAGCCGGAGGUGACCUUCAGCAGCCGGUGCAUUGAGGACGAGUGUCUGAUUCUGGGCAGCGAUGGACUGUGGGACGUAGUCUCCAAUGAAACAGCAUGCGAGGUAGCGAGACGGUGCCUAGCCGGUCGUACCAACAAUUGUGACGGGCUAUUGCCGGGAGCGCCGGAGGGAACACCCGCCGGCGUGGCGGCGACCAUGCUUGCGAAACUGGCAAUUGCGCGCGGGAGUUCAGAUAAUAUCAGUGUGGUCGUUGUAGACCUGCGACAAGAAAAAUACGGUGAUUAAUACAAUACCAUACAAAUACAUAUAUGAUAUGAUACGAUGAUUAUUUUUUUAGGGUUGUGAAAGAAAAUACGAGGGAGAGACAGAAGUCUCCCAAAGGCCAGGCCUUGUGUAUUUUUGUAAACGGGAGAGAUAUAUUUAAGAUUGUGUAUAGAUUGUCAGCCAUGUACGUCGUCGUAUGGUUUUCAAAAGGCAUACGAUUUCUUAAUUUACUUAAAAUGUUUGCUAUGGAGAUAUUUUUUUGGUUUUA